AUGCCCUACCAGUCCACGCUCAAGCACCACUCGCCAGAGGAACGACGCCGCGUCCUCGACGCUUUCAAUGCCGGUGAGGACUGGCGUGCCGUCGCCCGCCACAACGGCUUCCCACGCACCACAGCGGAGUAUCUCGUGGCCCAUGGGCGCGUCGAAAAUCUACCUCGAGGAGGGGCUACGAGAGCUGGCAAGAUAAAUAGGGGAGGCGCUUGA